CGUCAGCCUGUCAGUUAGUGCCGUGGCGCCGUGACGGUACGGUGUAGGUUGGUACGUUGUUUUUGGUUGAUAUCGUUCGCCUCGCGGAACGUGUCUCGCACCCAAUGGGGGCCCAGCUCCGAACGGACCCGUCCGCGCGAAACGCACCUAAACUGCAAAGAUAAUCAGUGACCGGCAGCCGCGCAGUGACUGCGGACGAACCGCGUGUGACCGUUGUUGCCCCCUUUCCUUUUUUCUUUCCACAGUUCCGGUGGGCUCCGUUUUUCUUCUCUUUUUCUUCUUUUUUAUUGAAAGAUAGUAUCAGUUGAUAGGACACAGUGCGUUUCGUACAUGCCGCACGUGCGGCCCGGAGGUGAUCCAGUGCGCCGUUUUAUACGAGACCCCCGGAAAAGGCGGGAACAUCCAGGAGCCGGUCUGUGAUCGAUGAUUUUUUACGUGCUGUUCGGUGUGUGCUCGUUCCGUUCCUGAUCGACGUACGCGGGUUCGCGGUGCGGUAUCUGAGGAGAAGAAUCCCUUUGGAAAACAUACAAAAAGAUCGCAAAUUAAAGAAGCGGUUAUGAGAGUUCGAUGACCACUGGCUAGCCGACCAUCCAUCGACGCCACCAUGGGCUACCUGCAGACGUGCCUCAUCUUCUACCUACUGAUCCUCUGCACCUCCGGAGGACUGUCUAUAGACAUAUCACAAUGCAUCGCUCCCCUGGGGAUGGAAUCUGGUGUGAUUCCCGAUGCAGACAUCACAGCGAGCUCGAGUUUCGAUAGCGGAAACGUCGGGCCACAUCGCGGACGGCUGAGGCAAGAGAGCCACGGAGGCGCCUGGUGCCCGAAGCAGCAGAUCACGACGGAACCACGCGAGUGGCUAGAAAUCGAUCUUCACACGGUCCACAUGAUCACCGCCACCGGCACUCAAGGACGCUUCGGCAACGGCGAAGGUGUCGAAUUCUCGGAGGCUUACAUGCUCGAAUAUUGGAGGCCGAAGCUCGGGAAAUGGGUUCGAUAUAGGGACGUGCGCGGCGAGGAGGUGAUCAAAGGGAACACGAACACCUACUUGGAGUCUAAGCACGAAUUGGAGCCGCCAAUGUGGGCAAGCAAAGUUCGCUUCUUGCCGUACAGUUAUCAUCGGCGCACCGUUUGCAUGCGCGUGGAAUUGUACGGCUGCCCAUGGAACGACGGCAUCGUGUCGUACUCGAUGCCACAGGGUGACAAACGCGGCAAUUGGGAGUUGUUCGACGCGACUUACGAUGGCUACUGGGAUGGCCAGCUUCUGCGUGGCCUUGGACAGCUGACCGACGGCAAGAUCGGCCCGGAUAACUUCAAGAUGAGCUAUUACGAUUACGAUCGGGGCCAGGGAUGGGUCGGCUGGAGAAACGACACCAGAUCCGGCCAUCCGCUCGAAAUCAAAUUCGAGUUCGAUCAUGUCAGAGAGUUCUCCGCCGUUCAUAUUUACUGCAAUAAUCAGUUCACCAAGGAUGUACAGGUGUUUGCCGAAGCGAGUAUUAUGUUCAGCGUCGGCGGUCGCUACUAUACCGGCGAUCCAAUCGUGUACUCGUACAUGGAGGACAGAAUCUUCGAACACUCGAGGAACAUCUCGAUCAAGCUCCAUCAUCGAAUCGGCAAGUUCGUCAAGUUGAAGCUAAGCUUCGCCUCUCGGUGGAUCAUGAUCAGUGAGAUCACCUUCGAUUCCGACGUCGCUCACGGCAACUUCACCCCCGAAGCACCGCCCACGACCGAGGCGCCCAGAUUGCGAGAUCGGAUCUCAGCGCGUGACAAUCCUCUUCAAGCCGAAGUGCCAGUCGUAAAGCAGGACGAUCCCACUUACAUGGCAGUGAUCAUCGGCGUUUUAACCGCGGUGAUCCUCCUGCUCGCUGUCGCGAUCUUCCUGAUCGUCUCGCGACACAGGCAAAGGAAGAACUUUGCCAGUCCGCUGGGCGCGAAGAGCGCGAUACCCUCGGGCAAUCAUCAACACCUGUCUCCGGAGUCCGCGUACGGCACCACGGAGAAGGAUCCCUCGUUGAUGACCUACAGAGUCGAAGAGCUCGAUGACCGUUACGCUGGAACCAAAAUGACGACGCUCCCCCGCGAUCUGAACGAUCGUCUGCUGGGAGAUGUCAGGCUCGACGAGUACCAGGAACCUUUCCACGAGAAUAAGUACCGGGAACCGCCGCACGCAGCUUACUAUGGAUACAGUACUGUUGUUCUAGACAACAAGGAUCUCCAUGAUAGCGUUGAACAGUCUGAUGCCACUUACGAUUACGCAGUACCAAUGCCCGUGCCUAGUGUAAGCAGCGACCAGGAUAGCGUAUUCUCAAAGUCUUCAUCAAGGGGUAGCGCAAAGGCGUGCUUGCAGAGCUUUUUCCCUCCGCCCCCGCCGCCGAUGAGCGCGCCGCCCACUCGAGGUUCCAGCAAUCUGACGUACUCGAAUCCGCCGAGCCCGGAGCCAAUUUGUGAACGCGAGCGCAGGGGAAGCAAGCGCCGCGAACACUCGUUGCACAGAUACGCGUAAGAAGCCCUGCACCCUGCGGAACGCACGCGGCACGCCGCUGGAUCAAAGGUACGAGACAGUUUCGUACGCCCAACGUAGAGAAGUCGCGCGCGAUAGAUCUCGAUCCUUCAGCAUCCGCGAACCCUCCGCGAGUCAUCCUCGGGUUCGAAUCGAUUCGAUUGGACGACGAGGUCCCGGCAUCGCCGAGACGCGAUCUGUAAAUAAUCCAAUCGAUAUUAACCUUUUAGGUACGGCUGAAUUCUGCGCGAAGCUAUUUCUCUGAACGGCAGAGUCUGAU